AUGGCGACCAAAAAUGGAAAAAUCCCAAUUGAUCUAAGCAUCCGAAUCGUUAGAAAUUGGGAGGAUACUUACCGAUGGAUCCCCAUCAUCGGAUCUUUCAUUGCAUUUGCUACCGCAUUCUCUACUGGGGCCAACAGUCUUCCAAAUCCGUUUUCGACAUCGGUGGGGUCCGGUGCUUUGACACUUUUUCAGGCUUCGAUGGCGGCAUGUGUGAUCAAUGUGCCCGGGGCCACCUUUGCAAGCAACAGCACCAUUGAUACAAUGUUUGCAGAUUUCCUGGAAGAGAAUCAACCCAAUGAAGGUUUCUUGAUGUUGAGUUUGCUAGUCGUUCUGAUCACAUCAGUAAUCUGGCUUACUCUUGCGACGUUCUUGGAAUUACCGGUUUCAUCUCAACAAUCGAUGCAGAGUGCUCUCUUAGGAACCAUGCUUGUUACCAAAGGAGUUGAUUUCUUGUCCAUUAAAAACAAGGAUAAAAACCAGAUUUUCAAUGGUAUAGGCUUCGUUCGCAUCAUUCUCGAAUGGAUAGUUGCUCCGCCAAUCGCUGGCCUGAUCGCCUUUUGCUUGUUCGGGUUCAUGAAGGUUUUCGUUCUUCGCCAGGAAAAUGCAGAGAAAAGAAUCCUCAUAUUCCUGCCUAUCUGCUUUGGAAUAUCAGCUGGCUUGCUCUGCUUCUUUCUCAUGUUUCAGGUUAUUCCACUUGUUGUAGACAUUGGAAGAUGGGAGGCUAUACUUGCUGUUUCAUUAGCUACCUUGACUGCAGCUCUAUUAUCAGUGAUUGUGGUGGUUCCAUUAGCUAGGAAAAGAUUCGAUAGUGCAGAGAAAGCUAGCAUCAACAAAAGAAAUGAAUCUUGUAAGCACCAUUCUGCUAAAAACCUCGAUCUGUCCCCCAACAAGAGAAUAGAUGAAGAAGAGAAUUUCGAAGAUGCUUUGAAAGAGUACAUGGAAAUGAGAGUUCUUGAUACUGUUUAUGAAGAAGAUGAGAGGAGUUGCGCGUCACCGCCGAUAAUGCUGGAGCCCAACCAAGCUCCAACAAUGCCUUCUUCAUUUGUGGCCUCGUCACAGUCCGCUCCCUUCAAGCAGCUUCUUGAAUUGACGCCGAACCAGCUUGUUCAAUCAAGAGAUUUCCAGAGGAUCGACAGAACAACACCGCCACCGCAGAGGGAGAAUUUCUCCAAGUUCUGGAGAAAGAUGAAAGUUUCCACCUUUUCAACUUGCAUUGAGUACGGUCAACGUACGCUCAUUCGACAUUCUCUGGCUGAAAAAUUCGAUGAGAAGAUUGAAGAUAUGUUGGGAUUUCCACACCUUCUAGCUGCGUGCAUUUUCGCCCUCAUUCAAUCUGCGAACGAGAUAGCUGCGGUAGUGGGUCCAUAUCAAGCUAUUAUUGAUAUAUUCAGCCACAGAAAAAACUAUUCUGGAAACGGCGAAGAUUUGGGUCCCAUUCAAGUGGUCUGGUGGUUUAGAGCCAUCGGAGGAUUCAGCGCGUCGAUGGGAUUCUUGCUGUGUGGUCGGCGGUUGAUCCAAUGCCUUGGUGGGAAGCUAACGUAUGUAAGCAAUUCAAGAGGAUUUAGCUCACUGCUCUGCUCCGUGGCCACCACCAUUAUAGUGGCUAGGAUGAAGCUCCCAGUCUCGAGUACCCACUCUUUCGUUGGAUCUCUGAUUGGAGUUGGGAUUGCUGAUGAUCCAAGAAAUGUGAAUUGGAAGCUCUUCCUGAAAUUCAUAUGUGGGUGGCUUGGGACCAUAUUGUUUUGUUGCGGAGUUGCUUCUGCCAUUUACUCAUUUACCAUAUACACUCCUGCUUACGUAGUGCCUUGA